AGGGAAACAUUGGAUAGUGCAAGUUUUGUAAGUGCGUUAUAUAGAUCAGCUGAAAAUCAAUUUAAGAUUGUAGGGAUUCAAGUUGCAGUAUAUGAUAUUAUUGACCGGUUGAAAAAAACUGGAAAUAUUGAGCACUUACCUUAUCCUCGUCAUCCCCUUAUUCUUACUCCCAAUAAACGUCAAUAUCUUAGUCGUCUCCUCCAAGUUAAUAAUGCAACAACUUCAGCUUUAAUGACAACAAACCUGAAUAAUAUGUAUUCAGACCUUAAUGUAUCAACUCAGACUGUUCAACGUAUCCUUAAAAACAAAGCCACUAGCUGUUCCUCUCCUUAA